AGUUUUUCAGUAUUCUUUCUCAUUGAUUUAAAUAUCGGCUAUAACUAUUGUCUCAACGCGCUCUUGAAACACCAUUAACACUUGAAAUGUAAACUUUACUGCAGCUGAACAAAACUAUGACCUAUUUACAAUCUUUUUAUUCUCAGUUGUUCUCAGAGGAUGGAAGACCUCCUGUAGAUAGUUUCAAUUAAAACUCGUGGCUUAAACGUGCUUUAUUCAAAAUAGCGUUUGUUCUUGCAAAUCAUCUUUGAUAGCUGCAGUUUUUUUCGAAAAUGGGAAACGUGAAAUGUGAGAGAAAUGAUGAAAUAGAUUCACUUCUUCACUUUACCUCACUUGCAAGUGGUUUCAUUCAUUCCGUACUUAAGAAACCUUUAAAAUCCAAGCGAAAAGUAAACCACCGUAAAUUUUUGCAGAAACAAAUGGGUAAAAAUUCCAUUUAUAGAAACAUCUUUAUACACAACCAGGAAGAAAAUAAAGAAGUGAAAAGCGACAAAGUUUUUGAAUAUGAAGAUUCAACUGAUUCAGUGAAAGAGAGACAGGUUGAACAAUCUUUGAGGCAACUUUUUAAUCCUAAUAUAUGGAUGACCACUCCAAAAUGCAAAGAACAACAUUACACUUACUCAUUACGUCUUCGAAAGUUUCCUGAAUCAUUUUGGAAAGAACCGAUGGAGUACUGUAAUCAAGAGCUAACUGCGCAAUGCCAAGACGUGUUUGAUUUACUGGGAGUAGAAUUUGAUGAAUUCCUGGAAAAAUUACAAGAAAACUCAGACUCUACUUCUACAUCCUCUGGAGAAUGUCUGUCCGAUUUGUCAUCGUUUUCGCCGAUUACAGUGCAACAAUCAGGCAAAUCAAUUAUGUGCAAUUCUGAACAUGAAAAUCUUUGGAAUCUUCACAAAGACAUUGCGAAUUUUACACAGUGAGAAUAAUUAUUGAACACUAAGAUGAACUUAAAUCAUACCAAAGAAUGAAAAUUAAAAGUACAAGCCAUAAGUUGUUUUACUAAGAAAAGUAAUUUAGUUUAGAUAGUAGAUGAAUUGCAGUGGGAGUGAAAAAAUGAAGUAUAAGCGUUGGUGUUACAGGA